CAGACGUUAGGAACACAACAAACCCACUAACACGCAGUGUGUUGACAGAGCUGUCCAAACAAAGCGAGUCUUAUUUAUCGCAUAAGAUGGAAAUGUUACUAGGGAAGACUAUUUUGUUUGUCCCACAAAACACAGUGCUGUUUCUUUGACAAUAUGAAUAGGUUUUAAAAGAAUAUUUUACGGAGUCAUUACAUAAACUUUACAGUUUCCUCGAAGGCAAAACUUCGCCUGUAAAGCUCCAUUUAUUUCUGCAUUUUACACGCUGUGUAAAUCACGAGGAAGAGAUUUGGCGAACAUUUUACGCAUAUACGCUCCUGUUUGAUGUCUGCGAGAACAGACCAGUGUUCUCAAGCCUAAAAACCGAACUCCACCCUCACUGAUCUCUAGAGGCGUGUUACCACAGCUCAGAUCCACAGAGGAGAGGAACGGAGAACUUCAAAGCUUCGUUUCUUUACAUUUUGAGCGACUUAUACUUCAAAAGAUGCUUUAGUGUUAUUUAUAUUUCUGAGAUCACUACUUAAGAGGAAGACAACAAGAGCUCUGAGCUAUGGACUGGAAGACAUUUCAAGCCCUGCUCAGCGGGGUGAACAAAUACUCCACUGCCUUUGGCCGCAUCUGGCUCUCUGUGGUUUUUGUGUUUAGAGUCAUGGUUUACGUUGUAGCUGCAGAGAGAGUUUGGGGGGACGAGCAGAAAGACUUCGACUGCAACACCAAACAACCCGGCUGCGCCAACGUCUGCUAUGACUACUUCUUCCCAAUGUCCCACAUCCGGUUGUGGGCCUUGCAACUCAUCUUCGUCACCUGUCCGUCGCUGAUGGUGGUGAUGCAUGUGAAGUACCGCGAGGAACGCGAACGGAAAUAUCGUGUCAAACACGGCGAAAACACCAAGCUCUACGAAAAUGCCGGGAAGAAGCACGGCGGACUGUGGUGGACGUACUUGAUCAGCCUUUUUGUGAAGACGGGCAUAGAGAUCACCUUCCUUUAUAUUCUCCAUCACAUCUACGACAGUUUCUACCUGCCACGCUUGGUUAAAUGCGAUGUGUUGCCCUGUCCCAACAUUGUGGACUGUUACAUAGGCCGACCCACGGAGAAAAGGGUUUUCACCUACUUCAUGGUUGGCGCGUCAGCGCUGUGUAUCGUGCUAAGCGUCUGCGAGAUCAUCUAUCUCAUCUCCAAACGCUUAAUUCGCUGCGCCAACAAGUUUAAAAAGAACCACAGAAGCAGCACGCCAAUUCACGGACGAUACAGAGAUGAGGACAGUAACUGCACUCUUCCCAUGCAUGAGCUGGAUGGCAAACCGGAAUACAAACCCGAGUCUAAAUCAGAGUUGAGGUCUGAGUAUAAACGUGAGUCUAAACCACAGUUAAAAUCGGAGCUCAAGCCAACAUUUAAGCCAGCUUACAGGCUAAGUGUGGACAUGAGAGCUUCUGCUCCAAAUCUCUCAUUACCUAUGUAUAAAAUACAGUCGGAUAUCCUCUAGAAAUUGAGAGGGUCAUGCUGAACUGUUUAGGGUGCUUCCUUAUUAAAUAUUUCAAAAGUCAUCUGGGUGCAUAAACAAGCAUUUUUAACUCUUUGAAUCUCAAAGACAUGGUUUCUUUCAUCUUGUGCUGAGACCUUUGAAAACUGCGUUAGGUCCUUGUCAUUUAGAUGGUUCGUGAAAUACCGUACGCCGGUUUCAGGAAAUGGUGCCCUGGAAAUACCACUUGCAGGAAGUGUUGUCCCGGAAAUACCAGGGAUUAAGAGUCUUGCCCAAUGGCGCGGCGGUAAUUAACCAAGAUUGUGUUUUUAAUGACUCUUCCAUGACUGCUAUAACUGGGAUCAAACCUGGAGUCUUUUGAAUACCUGCCUAUAGGCUCCAACAUCAGAUCAAACUACUGCCUUUUAUUCAUUUUAAAUAAGAGUGUGCUUUAUAUGAAUUUUCUUUAGGUUCAUUAUUCUGUUGGUUAAAGCAUUUCUUUGUUAAAGAACUAAAGAGAAAAUCCCAUUGGAGUUAUCAAAUGACCAGACGCAUCUUACAUAGGACCCCACCUAAACACACACACAAAAAAAUGGAAUCGUGGCGUUCUUCAUACGUCAUGUUUUGUGUCUUGGUUUCACGUUGUCUUCAUAUUUGUUACGAAGAUCAAAUCAAAAAGUUUCCAUAUGAAAUAACUGCUCACAUUCAUGGACUCUGAUGAAAAUGUAUAGGUAUAUCAAAGAUAUACUGUAGCAGUGUCCAUAAAAUGGCGACUUGCUGUUGCGACUUGCUACACACCCUACGACACUGCCAACACAGGAAAUGUUAUUUUGGACAACAUUAUUUUUUAGGAUCUGAUUCUGAAAAGAUUGUGUAUUUUGCUACUUAUGUGUCUUUAUCCCUGAAUUAUUCUGAUAUCAGUAAUUUUGUAAUGCUUGUCAAUUUUGAUACUGUACAAAUAAAGUGUAUAUAUGUGACCCUGGAUCACAAAACCAGUCUUAAGUAGCACGGGAACUUUUUCAGUAAAAGACAAAAAUACAUUGUGUGGGUCAAAAUUAUCGAUUUUUCUUUUAUGCCAAAAAUCAUUAGGGUAUUAAGUAAAGAUCAUGUUCCAUGAAGAUAUUUUGUAAAUUUCCUACCUUAAAUAUAUAAAAACUUUAU